AUGGCGCAACCGCAACAGCAAUAUCCAAUGCCUCAAACCCCUUUCUCCCCGCAGAGCGCGGCGUCCCCAGGGACGCCCCAGCAGUUUCCCUUCCCGCCAUCGAAACGGCAGCGAUUAUCUCCAAAUCCACCAUCGCAGCCAUCUUCGCCAUAUGUCCAGUCGCCGUAUGGCAUGAGCCCUGGGGCAUCGGGACCUCCAUCUGCUGGCGCGUCUCCUCACUUCUCAAACGUCCAGCUUCCACCAAAUGUCUACAAUACCCCUUACUCGAACGGACUCACCGCACCCACUCUUAGCCUUCCUCAGUCUCAACCUCCCGUCCAAAACCAGCCUCAGAAUCCUCUUACCUUCCCAAAUCAGGGUCAAGGCAAUUCUCCAUAUUAUAGCAACUACGCGAUGGCACCCCAAGGUACUGGGAUGAUGGGCCCUCCAUCAAAGCCGGCUGAGAAGUCGAAAGAGGAUUCCGACGUGAUGGAUGUAUUGGGUGGCACUGGAAUUGAUAUAAGAGAGGAAGAGCAAUAUUUGUUCAACAGUUCAUUUAAUAAUGAAGUUAGCGGCUCACGAUCUGGAACCUUCACCUCUGGGCGUAGCUUUACUCAGUUUCCUCCAGGAGACCAGGCGAGCUUUUAUGGCGCGGGCCCUGCGAACGCAGCUGCUGAGGCCGCAAAUGCAACGUCGCAAGAUGAGUUUCACAAGAAAGCCGCAGAUAAGGCCUGGCAUGACGCAGCCCGGAAUCUUGCCGUCUCAAGAGAGCGCGAAAUAAACAGACCGUUUCUAGAACUAUUCCCUCUGCAGAGGAGAGCAGAGAAGAUAGCGUCGGAGCAUGGAGUUGCAUUAAAUGAGGGCAAGAACAGCAAAAUGGGAAGCUUCAUAUUACCGGGCAAUUCUAACGUAGCGGUUCAGACUGGUGUAGGUCCCAAUGGCGCAUUGACAGCUACAAGUGGGACGUUUCUUCCUUCAGACACUCAACUUUGCGACCAAGUUGCACUAUUGUCGCUUGCAACAAAGUACCGCUUGAGGAGUUUAUUGGAAGAUGCGGCGAAGCUUGCACAGGGGCGGCAGACCGGAUCUCAUGGGCAUAUUCCCGAAGAUUGGGUGGACGUGGCAGAACCAGUUGAUACGGCCACCUCUACUGCUAUGGCCGAAGGCGGUCCUCGCGCUGGAUGGGAGAGUGCAAUUAAUCCGCACUCUAAUCCGCGAAAGCGGUCAUUCUCAUCGGCAAAUAAAGCAAUACCCACUCCUGUCUCGGAUGGAGCAAAGACACCAACUGAUGGCCCCAAGAUCACCAAUGAGGUCGCCAGUGCUCUUCGGAGCACGGCUCAGAAGGAGCGCGAUUCUGAGGAAUCACGACUACGAAAACGCGUAGGCCGUACUCCAGGAGACGGUACACCUCGUCAAACCUCUGUGGCACCUGCUACACCUGGUUCGGUUGCACCCGAAGCCCCUGAGAAGGGACCGACGAAGAAAGAACAGGGCAAGAAAGCCCAAGCAAAGGCCAACGAGGCAGCUAGUCACGCCGCUGCAAAUGUGACCACCGCCACGUUCCUCGGCGGCGGCGGGGGUCUUUUUGGAAAGAAGAAGAAAUAUAGCUGGAUGACAGGUGGAGGCGGUGGCCCUGGAAGCGGUACAAGUACACCGGGCCGCGUCGCGACGCAAGGUCUUCCUGGAACACCCGGGACUCCUGCUGCAAAUCCAGGCCCUGAGAAAUUCACGGUCGACGGCGUGAAACGUAUGGGAACAUGGCGAGAAGACCAAGAUAAGGGCAAGGGGGUCCAGCUCCGGGACUGGGUUACCACUCUUGAGCAAGAUGGACGUGAGAAGAAGGCACUACAACGAGCUUAUAUGUCUCUAGAUCAUUCGGAGCCCAAAUAG